UCAUUCUUUUCCAGACAUUCGAGCAAAUAAUGCAUGGCCGUUUCUCCAUCUUCCUUGCCGAGAUCAUGUGCCUUCUGUAUACACUGGCGACGUUAUCGCAUACCAAGAAUAUGCCCCUGGCCCUUAUUCUUCCCUUGAUGGAGAGUCUGACGCUCGCAAUGACGCUGAGCUUGGUCGGAGAAAAAAUGAGACAAAUACAGGAGAGCAUCAUCGGGAAUCUUUGUCAGGUGAUGCUCGACUUGAGCCACACCGCUGACCCUCUCCCCUGUAGGGCUAAGUAUAAGGCUAAAGCACGACCCUGUUUGGGCGAUCACCAGAACCCCGGUAAGCGAGAUGCGAUGCCGUGUAUAAGGAUUUCUGGUGAAACGCGCUUGGACAUGGGUUCUCGUCAGGAAAGAAGGCUCAGAAACGGACCAAACUUCAUGGAUGAUAGGGAGGUGAAGUGUGAUGAAGGAACGAAAGAGAAGUAUGAUAAAGAUGUUGAAAUGAAAGGAGGCGAAGAUUCAGAGCCCAGACACGGUUCAGAUAUCGAAGUGAAAGACAGAGGCAGAGAUAGAGAAGGAUUCACGGAGGUUAGAGACACAGAAACGACUGCACAUUGGGAGAAGCAGAAAGAAACCCGUAUUGCAUCGCCCUGCCAAGAUGCGAACGUGAAGAUCGAGUUGAAAAGCUGUCAAGAAGAGGAAAUAAAGCAAGGCCAGAGCCUGGGAAGGAACCCCGGAAGCAAGCAGCGGUGGAAUGACUGUGGCCCGCAGUGCGGAUGUUGCCAGUACCACCUCAACAAUAUUAUCACACGUAUGGAAGCCAGGCCAGCGGUUAUCAAGAUCUGGGGUCAAGCGAGCCUGGGUCGGGAGUCCUUCGUGUACUUGGCUGGCCUCGUGAUGACGUACCUGGUGAUUCUCCUGCAGCUGCGGCCGAAUCAAGUUCCUUAAGGCACAGCGGUUUCAUGAUGCAAGAUAUACCAUUUGCCUUCGUUGUGGAUUCAUUCAUUCAUCCCCCACUCGUACGUUUUUUGUGUCA